AUGAACAGUCUAAUAGUACAAUACGCUUCUCCAUUGUUUGAGAAGUACCCAGUUUUACACGAAUACUUACCUAGCCAAGAACAUGUGUUUUUCAAUUGUGAUUUGUGGACAACAUUUGACAAGCUUGUCACUUCAGCUACACGUGGUCAUUUCGUCCCAAGUGAAUUUGAAUUUAUUGCUGGUGAAUUACCACUAAGUACUUUGCCAUCAGUCUUAUAUACUAUCGCUGCAUACUAUAUCAUCGUUUUUGGAGGUAGAGCCAUUUUGAAGAACUUUCCUAAAUUCCAAUUGAAUGGGUUGUUCCAACUUCAUAAUUUGUUCUUAUCUUCUUCCUCUUUGAUUUUACUGGUCUUAAUGGUGGAACAAAUUGUUCCAAUUAUUGCUGAACAUGGUUUGUACUAUGCUAUUUGUGAUAUUGGAGCUUGGACUCAGCCAAUGGUUACUCUUUAUUAUUUCAAUUUUAUCUUCAAAUUUCUAGAAUUCAUUGAUACUUUCUUUUUGGUCUUGAAACAUAAGAGAUUGACAUUCUUACACACUUUCCAUCACGGUAUGACAGCUUUGUUGUGCUACACUCAAUUGGUCGGUACUACUGCUAUGUCAUGGGUUCCAAUUACGUUAAACCUGGCUGUUCACGUUUUAAUGUACUGGUAUUACUUUUUAGCUGCUAGAGGUAUUAGAGUCUGGUGGAAAGAAUGGGUUACUAGAUUCCAAAUCAUUCAAUUCAUCUUGGAUAUUGGUUUCAUUUAUUUUGGUGUUUACCAAAAGUUCGCUCACUUGUAUGCUCCAACUUUACCACAUUGCGGUGAUUGUGUCGGCUCCACAGCAGCCACAUUUUCUGGUUGCGGUUUAAUUUCAUCUUAUUUAGUUUUAUUCAUUGCUUUCUACAUUGACGUUUACAAGCGUAAAGGCACUAAGACAAGUAGAGUUGUCAAGAGAGCUCAUGGUGGUGUUGCUGCCAAGGUUAACGAAUAUGUUAACAUUGAUCUUAAGAACACUCAAACUCCUUCUCCUUCUCCAAAGCCUUCUAGAAGAAGAAAGUAG